GGCUGGCGCGACAAAAAACAAAAUGGUGACAGGAGCUCAAAACAAACCAGUUGUUAUGAGUGGUAGCAAAAUAGGUUGAUAUAUGACUAUAUUACUUAAAAACUGAGGUUCGGUUAUUUACCUCAUACUCAUAUUUAGUCAGAAAAUGGCAUCAGGCGGCGGACGAAAAGAUGGGAGACUUGAGGAGCACACUGUCGAAGGCCUUGCAGAGGUGUUCAGAUGUUUCAUUUGUAUGGAAAAGCUCCGUGAUGCUCGACUCUGUCCUCACUGUUCUAAGCUGUGCUGUUUCAUUUGUAUCCGGAGGUGGCUGACAGAGCAGAGGUCACAGUGUCCUCAUUGCAGGGCAUCACUCCACACUCACGAGCUUGUCAACUGUCGCUGGGCAGAAGAAGUGACUCAAAAGUUGGAUACCCUCAAGGAAUGUGCCCCGGUCAUUAAAAAGGAAGAGGGAGAAAAAGACAUCUGUGAGGAACACCAAGAGAAGCUUAGUGUGUACUGUUGGGCUUGUAAGCAGUGUAUAUGUCACCAGUGUGCUCUCUGGGGUGGCACGCAUUCUGGACACACCUUUAAGCCACUGGAUGGGGUAUACGAGGAACAUGUUAAGAAAGUCACAGAGGAGCUGAACCAGUUGAAACGUCGCCAUGUGGAACUCAUCAGUCUCGUACAGGAUGUUGAAAGGAAUAUAGAGAGUGUAAAAACUGCCAAAGAUGAACGGGUGCGAGAGAUCAGAAAUGCAGUGGAGCUGAUGAUAGCAAGGCUGGAGUCUCAACUUAAAUCCAAACUCCUCACCUUAAUGGGUCAGAGAGGUCAACUGACGCAGGAGACAGAGCUGCUGGAGUCCCUCAUACAGAAAAUAAAUCACCAGAUGGGCAGUAGGGGUAAGAGUGAGCUCAUCGCCCAGAGCACUGAACUUGUACAGCUCUUCAAACAUGUCAACAGAAAACCAAUGGCAUCUUUUGUCACCGCAGCAGUCCCGGCAGACUUUACCAGUGAGAUUGUGCCACAGUAUGAUACCAGUACAUUUGUGAUGAAGAAAUUCAGUGGACUACAACAGAGAGCAGACCCUGUCUAUAGUCAGCCCCUACACGUAUCAGGUCUCAGCUGGAGACUAAAAGUCUACCCAGACGGUAAUGGUGUUGUGCGGGGAAACUACCUGUCUGUCUUCCUCGAGUUGUCUGCUGGCCUGUCAGAAACAUCAAAGUACGAGUACCGUGUGGAAAUGGUCCAUCAAGUCUCCCGAGACAGUAGUAAAAACAUUGUCCGAGAGUUUGCAUCUGACUUUGAGGUUGGAGAAUGCUGGGGAUACAAUCGCUUUUUCCGUCUCGAUUUACUCGCUAGUGAGGGAUACCUAGAUACAGAAUCAGAUACACUGAUUCUCCGGUUCCAGGUGCGACCUCCGACCUUCUACCAGAAGUGUAGGGACCAGCAAUGGUACAUCAAUCAGCUGGAGUCAGCACAAGCUCAGAACAUGGGACAACUGAACCAUCUGAAGGAGCGUGUUCUACUGAUGGAGAUGUCCAGAGGUAAAGGGUCGAGCAAACGAGCAACCACAUCAGCAGACUCUCCACUGCCCCUAAUUGACCCCCAUGGGGGAGAUAAUCCAUCCAUACAGCACCCUAUCCUACACCCGAAACCCAUCCACCCAGGCACGGGAUCAGAAAUCGAGAUUGAGAGGUCAGAUGAGGAGAAUUUGGAGACAGACUCGGACUCAGACACGACAGACUCUAAUGAGGAGCUGAGUCAGUAUUCUAUAGAGGACUUGGAUGACAUCGGAGAGCCAGGAAUACAAGCUGCCAUUACAGAGAACAACGACGAAAACGACAUCGACGAGGAAACAAUGUCGUUAGACAAUGAUGUGGAGAACAGUAUCACCUGGGAGGAGAAUGACCUUGACCGGCGAGGCAACAGUGCUUCAGCCACGGCCAAGUCAUCAUCCAACAUCACUGGUUCAGAGAACCGGUCAGGCGAUGAGGAGACUUUACUAAUGCAGUUUCUACAAGAUCGUACUCAGGACAGAGACUGGACACCCAGUUUAGCAGGUGGAGGUGACAGCUGUCUGGGUGCUGAUUGGCUAGAGACUGUCCAAGCAGCACUAGCCCUGACCAAAGAAAAACCAAAGACAAGUCGAAAGGAGAAGACCCCACCUAAUACCGAUCUCAUGCUGGAGAACAUCAGAGCUCGCUUCUCUGAGCUCGCCACAUCUACACUGGCAGUCGCCGACUCUGCAGUUACAAAUGAGACAGAGGCAAAAGCCAUGGUCACAAAGCCAAACAAAAAUGAGCCUGACGGUCAUGUGACACACCCAGCCAACGAUUCCAUAGAACAGUUUCCUCUGUCUGAUAACUCAAUGGACGGGGAGGACUUGCCUGCCUCCAACUUCCAGAACACACUCUACACAACCAUAGUCCAGUCUAGUCACAAAACAGAACAAGAUGAGAACACAAGGAAAAGGGAUUCCACGGUGAAAGGAGCGUCAGGUGGCUCUAAAGAUUUAGGUUUACCCUGGUCCUUUGGCUUUCUGAACAAAGUCCCUGUACCACCCCCUCCUCGUCCUGAGAGGAAAGACCGCAAGGAGGCUGCAGCUACAACUGCUGCUAGUUGUCAACCAACCACAGAGGAGAGUAAAAAGGAAAUGGAUGGUAGUGAGGCUGCUGCCGCUGCAGGGACAGCAGCCGUCACCACGGGUAACACUGGACAGAAACCCCAGGGCACUGGUACCUCAGGACCACAGGUCGAGUUUAGUAACAACCAGAACAAUGUCAAUGAACCAAGACCAGACAGUGGAGAUGACACUUCUGUGGUGUAACAGUUUAGGAAUUAUCCAGAUUAUAAAGGACAGAUGCAACCUAAGUCAGGGGGACGUCAUAAAGAAAACAACCUUCAGAGACAAAAAUGUAACAUCAGUCUGGGGACCUUGUGAAGAAAAUUUUCUUAAACAAAAAAUAUACAACACAGCAAGACUGUAACAAUGACAUGGGAACUCGGAUGACUUGAGACUUAGGGAAGAAUGUGUAUGUUUAAACAAUAGGAAUGCGGGAAUCUUUAGGAUGUGAGAAUCUUUAGGAUGUGAUAUUCUGUAAAGAUUUACAAGAGAACUCGGAUCACUUGGGACCGAGGGGAGAAUGUGUAUGUUAGAGCAAUAGGAUGUGAAAAUCUUAAGGAUGUGAGAACAGGAUGUGAGAAUCUGUAGGAUGUGAUAUUGUGUAAGAUUUAAGAUAUAGGGGUUGUAUUACUAACCUGUACAUGUUAGAACGAUUUUGUGUUCACAAGAAUUUGUUAUAACUCGCCAUAGAAAUGAACUGUUUACAUUAAAUGUGACUUGAUAUCAAUACUAUGAUUGGUAAUACCUAACCUAACAUAACAUCGCCCUGGUCUUUGAAGAUUUACGUAGACGAAUUGUGACUAAAGUUCACAGUAGACUCCAGACAGAGUGGCCAUUUUUCUAUGAAUCUAAGGACUAUAUUAAAUGUCAGUGUUAGACACAGACAGGAGGGGAAGGAUUCCAUACUCUGUGAUUAUGUAAGAUAGGGAUAAUGAUUUGUCGGGGGUGGGCGAGAGUUAUUGGCUCGCUGGGACGAAGUCCACAGAAUCAUUACUACACCCCUGACCUCGGUGGCAUCCCUUGUCACUAGGUCAACGUUUUCUAAAACAGUGUUUUGUUAAUGCUAAUGAGGAUACAGCUUAGGUUUUUGAUAUGUGUUCCUAGAGACAAGACCUUCCCAUCUGAUCUGUACAUUUGCAGACUUGUUGACCUUGAUCAUGACCUUUGACCUACUUUUAAAAAACUAAUUCCAAAUUUCAACCCACUUGGCGAGCUAUGUUGUCUUCCAACAUUUCUUGUUUUCUACCAGGGUGGGAUUAGUUGUAUGUUCCGAAAAAUAAAUUCUUGAGUUAAUCAUUGAUAAAGUGUUCUCAAUUCUCUUUGAUUUGAUCAAGAGACUGUACGUCAUUUUACACAGAAAGUUUAUUUAAGCUAUGCAAGCGAAGUAUCCUUUCCCAUUGUCCUUGUGAUGUGAAUGUAUGGGUGAAGACAUAAAUGUGUAAUGUUUUUAAUUUAUUUUAUGUUGUUUUUUGUUUUUUUUGUCAAAAACUGUAGGGCAUAUUCUGUAUCAGAAUAACAAUACAAGAAUGUGUAUAUCCAGUAUACAAUUCACAAGUACUGGUAAAUAUUAUAAACAAUAUGUUUAUUUUGAGAGAGAGAAAAUAAAAGAAUCUCAACAUGAACAUCAGGUGGAAUAUCGGGGACAUAAAAAUGUCAUACACAUCAGGUGGAAUAUCGGGGACAUAAAAAUGUCAUACACAAAACAAUUGUAACUUGUUCAAAAUGUUAUACUUUGUGUUUAUUUUUUUACAUAUUCUAACUUUCAUCCGCCUAUAAAUGACCGAUACAUAUGAAAGUGUUUGUAUCUCGAACUACAGCGAGGGAAAGUUUGAUUCUUCAGUUGGAUGUUAGUAGUCAGGACUUAAGACUGUUCAGAUGUUUGGGAGGAUCCUGUACAGAUGUUUGGGAGGAUCCUGUACAGAUGUUUGGGAGGGUCCUGUACAGAUGUUUGUGAGGAUCAUGUACAGAUGUUUGAGAGGAUCCUGUACAGAUGUUUGUGAGGAUCCUGUACAGAUGUUUGUGAGGGUCCUGUACAGAUGUUUGUGAGGAUCCUGUACAGAUGUUUGGGAGGAUCCUGUACAGAUGUUUGGGAGGGUCCUGUACAGAUGUUUGGGAGGGUCCUGUACAGAUGUUUGGGAGGGUCCUGUACAGAUGUUUGUGAGGAUCCUGUACAGAUGUUUGUGAGGAUCCUGUACAUAUGUUUGGGAGGAUCCUGUACAGAUGUUUGGGAGGGUCCUGUACAGAUGUUUGGGAGGGUCCUGUCCAGAUGUUUGGGAGGGUUCUUCCCGUUGGUUUGCCUCAUGUUUGAUUGUGAUAUAUAUUAUAGUGAUAACCUGCCAUUAUUCUUUAUAGCUUUUAUGUUCAGAAUUUUUGUAGCAUCAGUGCUAAAUAAUGUGAUAUUUGAAGAAUUUUAUGUCUUGUGCUAUACCAAGAAAUGUUUCCUGAUUAAUUGUGUAGAAUGGAAUGUCUGAGUGUACUGGUGGGUGAGUUAGCCGAUACUUAUUUACCCAGUGAUUCCACUGCCACAACUCAAGUUUGUAUAUAGAGUACACAGAAAUUGAUGAUGGGUUACAAUUAAAUCAUGUGGUACACAUGAUAUGAUGAUGUCAUCAUUACUACCCCAGAAUAACAAGCUUGUGCUAAGUCCUUUUCCAUUGCACUAAUAGAUGUACAUAGUUAUGAAAUAUUGGGAGAGUAUUAUAAACCUAGGUGCUUUCUUAUAUUAAACAUUUAGUCUGACUAGUCGGCAGAGCUAGAAGGAUGAGGAUGUGUUGUAUUGUGAUCACUGAUGUAAACAUGGAAAUUUCUGUGGCAGAAAUUUACUCUGUUAAAUAGUAUUGUGUUUGAUUGAAAUACAUCUAUUAAAUAGUAUUGUGUUUGAUUGAAAUACAUCUAUUAAAUAGUAUUGUGUUUGAUUGAAAUACAUCUAUUAAAUAGUAUUGUGUUUGAUUGAAAUACACUGUACAUCAAAAUUUUAUUCCUGGCAAAAAUAAAAAUUGCUGGAUUUCAAGGUGGAAUGAAUUUGUAUGAGAAUGGAUUUCAAGGUGGAAUGAAUUUGUAUGAGAAGAAAAAGAGAUCUUUUUCCUAUUAAUUCAGUGGAUAUAUAAAGUUGGACAGAUAAGUGGGCGACCAAUUGCAAUGAGGCUGGACUUAUUUGAUAACAGGAACUUGGCUCUUCCUCACAAAUUUCCAUGGUUACAGUAUUAAUGUAUGUAAGGUGAAUUGUGUUUCUAAUUUAGUCAAAUAAAAAAGUUAUCAUA